GAGUGUUCAUCACCGGUCGUGGGGUGUCUGUCUACGAUCCCGUGUGAAGGCUGUUGCUCUGUCGGUGCAGGCCUCUGGCCUUGAGCCCAGCGGCAGGCGUGAGCAUGUCCAUGCAGAGCAACGGCCCGCCUGGCUGCGGUUGCAAAGGGAUCCGUUCGUGCCUGGUCUGUGAGCGGGGUGGGAUUGAAGCGGUCACGAAGUGCCAGCUGAGGAAGUACCAUUUUACUUAUCAUCCUACAUUGGGCUUAGCAAUUGGCAAUGAUGACUCUAGUUUAAGUGGCUGGACUUUUCCGUUUCCUGGAGUAUUUUUAUUAGAUGAUUUUGUAAAUGAAGAGGAGGAAACCAAGCUGGUGGACCUGAUGGAUAAUGAUGAAUGGAAGCCUUCACAAUCUGGACGCAAGAAACAGGACUAUGGUCCAAAGGUGAAUUUUAAAAAGCACAAGUUGAAAGUGGGAAGCUUCAGUGGCCUACCAUGCUUCAGCCAUUUCCUCCUAAACCGAAUGAUACAGUAUCCUGUGUUGAAAAGCUUUCUGCCUGUGGAGCAAUGUAACCUGGAUUAUAGACCGGAACGUGGCUCUUCCAUUGACUCACACUUUGAUGACUGGUGGUUAUGGGGUGAGCGUUUGGUCAGCCUGAACCUGUUGUCUGAGACUAUAUUAUCAAUGUCUUGUGACUCAAAGGAUCUCAUCCAACUACAUCAUAAUAUGGUGUGCAAUGCACAGUCCUGUGAUCCAGUAACUGAUCAUUCAAAGAGCCUUUGUAAUUUCCAUGAUGAUAAUACUCAAGUUCUUUGCCCGGAUAACUGUAGUGUGAAAAUCACUGACACCUGUCAAAGGCAUGUCCCUUACAAAGAUGUAGAGGUAGCCAUACAUUUGCCAAGGAGAUCUUUAAUUGCUUUAUAUGGAGAAGCACGAUAUACAUGGAAACAUGGCAUAAACAGGCAAGAUAUUAAAUCAAGGCGGAUCUGCAGUACCUUCAGAGAGCUAUCCGAAGAGUUCAGCCGUGGAGGGAAUCAAGAGACAUUGGGAAGAGAACUCCUGGACCUCGCACUGAGCUUUCAAGGUGUUCCUGUAUGAAAUUACUGUUAUAAAACAUCAAGUACAAGUAUUCUUCAUUACAAACUCAGCUUUGGGAUAGCUACAAAACAAAAAAAGUCCCACCUUCCUAAUGCUGUGGUCUGGAUCAUGUGUCCGAACCUUUGCAGCAUUAUAAAGGUUUCAUUAGGGUUAUACAAGAGUAAAGAGAUUUUGCAUCGGAUUUCUUUUUUUCUGCUAUACCAUUGAAAAACAGCUAUCCACUACUGAUCUUGUCCCUUUUUAAACAAACAGCCUUUUGUCAGAAAUUAUGGCAUCAGAGUCAUGCUUUGGCACAGUUGUUUUGGCACAUUAGUGCACAAUGUACUGUGCACACUAGCCAAAACCAGGCUUUUAUUUGUGAGGGAGAUAAUACAUGAAACAUAUGUAGAGAAUCUAUAAUCUAUUCAAUCCAAAUUUAGUGGAAAUAGGUGAUGGUUUGAGUGUUGACAUGUUAUGAAAUGACUAUCUAUUUUUAAUUAAUGAACUAGGUAUGCAGUUCAAAUUAUGCCAACCUGUCAAAUAUUUCCUCAGAAACCACUGAUUGUGGCUUUCCCAAAUCAGGGAGGUAGUGAUCAAUUUUACAUUCAAAUGUUUAGAUUUUAAUUUGAAUAAAUGCUAAUAUUGUAAAUUAAUUUUGUGCUCUAAUUUAACUUUGUCCUUAGUGUAAUUAAAGUUAAUAUUUUAGAAUUCUGUCCAACAAGCUUACAUUUUAAGUAAUUUUGAAUUGAGAAUUAGUCUGUUGAUUAUCUAAUCACAGUUUCUAAAAUAUCAGUUCUUUUAGAAUGGUUCAAUCCUCUGUCACUUACAUUUUUGGGGUUAACACUUUACCUAGCUAGCAAAGAUCAGCAUCGCCUUUGAUUACCUACCCCUUCUGGUGUCUCUUUGUGUGACUGGGCCACUCUUUCUACUCUUGCCAUUAGCACAAAUGCCACCCUUUCCCAGCUAUCUUCAAUUCGGACUCAAAAUGUUAACUGUUUUUUUCCCUCUGCUGAGUUUCUCCAACAUCAGUUUUGUUUAAGCUUCACCUGCCUCCCUGAUGUUAACCUCUAGUCUCCCACAUAUACAUUUUCAAUAUUGAUUCAGUUCUGUCCACUGAGAUACACUAUUGCAUAUAGCAAGUAAGAUACAUCUUAGUUAGGGGACUAGGUGACACUCCAUUAACUAUGAGUAACUAUGACUCUUCAGGAUGGGUCUCUCAUGGAAGCCUCACCUCACCGAUUACCUCUGUGGUAGUUUCGUUGUGAUUUUGUCUACCACAAUGACAGUCAUGCAUCCCCACUGGCAUUGCCAGAAACAGCAGUGAAACUAGCUGACCAAGAGUCCUUGAAAAAUCACGAGGCAAUUGUGUGCAUGUGGAGGAGGACACCAAGCAGUGUGAGUUGUCACUCUCAGAAAGCACAGCAUAUGGAGGGUUUGAAUAGCCCACGCAUCUUGGUGGGAUGUAUCUCUGAUUUUAAAUAACCUUCCCAUGGGUGUGAAUGUGGUAGUGUGGUGUGAAAAAUGCUGAUACCACACAAGUUCCAACAAGACUCAGUGCUGGCAAGAGGUCUGUCUCUACACAGACAGAAGAAAUGGAAAUGAGACCCAUAAGACUGUGGUGCAUUCCUAUGCAGGCCUGAUCCGGGAGUCAGGUCAUGAAGAUCAGGAGUUCCAGUAGAUACAGCCAAACACAUGAUGGUAAAAUAUGUUUAGACGGCCUACAACAGAGAUUAACAACACCAUCAAAACACACAUCUUCUCUUACAAGGAAUUGGGAAGGGUAACUUCAAUUGAAGGGGUUGGCAAUAUUCUCAGCAAUGAAACAGCCAAUAUGACCGCCUACAUGGAGCCAGUCAUUGAACUGACAUGUGAAAAAACUGCUAUUAAUAAAG